GGCUGGCGGUGAGGCUGGUGGUGAGGCUGGCGGGAAGGCCGCCUCUGCGGAGCUCUCUGACGCUGCCGCUGCCCAGGGCCACCGUCUCUCCGUCUGGCUCUCUUCCCCUGUGUAUGUGGGGCUGCAGUUGCAGUCCUGUCUCGCCCCACCCGAAGUGCGGGCGCCCCAUAUAUCUCCUCAGACCCUUCUGCACCCUCUGCAUUCCUCUGUCCCGGGUCCAGACCUCGCGAAAAGUUCCGGGCAAAUCCCCCAGUCAGAAGCCUCGGACGGGGAGUAGCCCCGGGGAGGCCCUCUGGUCUCCAGUGUGGGCGUCUCAGAGUUAUGGAUAGACGACAGGCUACCAGCUUGAGUCUGAAAAACCUGUUCACCUGCAGGGGCUCAGCAUCCCCUAAUUUCAAAUCAUUUUCCACAGUGUAUUCGCUGCUGACACCUAUUUUUGUCUUACUAUGCUAGUGUUGAAUUGGUCUCUCUCUGCAGCCAGAUCCAGCUUCCUGGAGGAACUACCUGGUGUGCUGCCCAGACAUUGCUGCCCAAAAGGAGCUGCUGUUUGAAUUUUCUGUGAAUGUUGGGAGCAGGAAUACCCGAGCUGCCGGCUGAAAAAGUGUCUAAUCAAGAGAAAUAUUCCCCAGGAUGGAUUUUCUGGUUCUUUUCUUAUUCUAUCUGGCUUUGGUGUUGAUUGGUGGUGGUAUGAUCUGCAUCUGCUCGAAAACCCAUCGCUUGAAAGGCCUGGUCAGGGAAGGAGCGCAGAUAUUUUCCUGUAUAAUUCCAGAAUGUCUUCAGAGAGCCAUGCAAAGAUUGCUUCAUUACCUCUUCCAUACAAGAAACCACAUCUUCAUUAUCCUGCACCUGAUCUUGGAAGGGAUGGUUUAUGGUGAAUACACCUGGGAAAUACUUGGCUUUUGUCAAGAGCUGGAGUUCUCCUUGUAUUACCUUCUUCUUCCUUAUUUGCUGCUGAUUAUAAACUUGUUUUUUUUCACUCUAACUUGCAUAACCAAUCCUGCCAUUAUAACAAAAUCAAAUGAACUAUUAUUUCUUCAAGUUUAUGAAUUUGAUGAAGUGAUGUUUCAAAAAAACAUGAAGUGCUCUACUUGUGAUUUAAGGAAACCAGCUCGAUCUAAGCACUGCCGUGUGUGUAACUGGUGCGUGCACCGUUUUGACCAUCACUGUGUUUGGGUGAAUAACUGCAUUGGGGCCUGGAAUAUCAGGUACUUCCUCAUCUACCUGUUGACACUGACAGCCUCAGCUGUCACCCUGACCAUUGUGUGCACCGCAUUUCUGGUCCACUUGGUGGUGGUGUCAGAUCUAUAUCAGGAGACUUACAUUGAUGACCUUGGACACUUGCAGAUUAUGGAUACAGUAUUUCUCAUUCAGUACCUGUUCGUGACUUUUCCAAGGAUUGUCUUCAUGCUGGGAUUUGUCCUGGUCCUGAGCUUCCUCCUGGGUGGCUACCUGUGCCUUGCUCUAUACCUGGCUGCCACCAACCAGACUACUAAUGAGUGGUUCAGAGGUGCCUGGGACUGGUGCCAGCAUUGUCCCCUUGUGGCUGGGGCCCCAUCAGCUAAGCACCAAGUCUAUCAGAACAUUUAUUCCCGUGGGCUUUGGAGCAACUUUCGAGAGAUCUUUCUACCUGUGUUUCUACAUUAUGAGACAAAGAAAAAAUAAGAAUGGAAAGAACGUUACUGCCUUUUAAAUGUAGUAUACAUUUAUUUAUACAUUUGGAUACUUAUUUUCUAAGCA